AUGAAAUUCGGUCGCAAUUUGCCCCAGUUCACCGUGCCGGAGUGGAGCGCUUCGUACAUCAAGUACAAGGCUUUGAAGAAGCUUAUCAAGUCCGCCGCUGAGCAAGUCAAGGAUGGUCAAGAACCGGAUCUGGCCGGUUUCUUCUAUUCGCUCGACCGAAAUGUCGAGGACGUCGACUACUUCUACAACAAGAAAUAUGCCGAGUACACCCGCCGUUUGAAGCUGCUAGAGGAGCGCUAUGGGUAUUCGAUGGAAGGUCACCAUCGACUGGAGCCUGAGGAUAGACACGACCUGCGCGAAGCCCUCCUCGAUCUGCGCUACCAUCUGCGCCGCUUACAAUGGUACGGCGAGGUCAACCGUCGUGGUUUUGUCAAGAUCACGAAGAAACUUGACAAGAAGGUCGGGGCCCAGGCCCAGAAGCGUUACCUGGAGACCAAGGUUGAUCCUGCUCCCUUUGCAUCCAAUGCUCGCGUUUUCAAGGCCCAGGAGCGUAUCAAUACCUGGAUGGCCGUGAUCACGGAUCAGUCGAAGGAGCAAGAGAAAUUUGACGAUUCUAGCUCAACCCAUUCAUCCCUGUCAUUGAAGCGUGGCGCAGCCCGUCCAUUCUUGAAUCUACCCACUGAUGUCGUGAUGGCCGUGGACGAAGCUUUGAAAAAGGACGACGUCCAUGUUUUGCUCGAACUACUCGAGACCUUGAAGUCUGCCGCAGAUGACGCCGGUGAAGGUGUCUUUGUCAAGGUUCUGAAGACCCUUAUUCAGCGAGCCAUUCUGCACCGAGCUCGGGCUUGCUUGUCAUCUCUCCUUCCUCGCGUUGAUACUUUGGAAGAGGAUGAUGAUAUCAAUCGUCGCAACUGUCUUCAUCGUCUGGUCAUCUCAAUUGGCCGGGAGCAGUCUACUAGUGACUCUGAGCCUACGGCAUCGUUGGUGCUGGACUUCCCCUUGGAAACCUCCCGUUACAUCACACCCGCAGCCCCACCUACCCUGCAGCCACCGCGAUCUGUUGUCAAGGAGGCGCAUAUGCCCCAACAGAUGGGUCGUGAAGAUUCGGCUGUUGCUCUUUUGAGCCAUUUGCUUGGUGCGCUGCGCCCGAAUCAGCGUGAAGCCCUGAUGGCGAAAGAUAUCUCUGGACGGACCCCACUCCACUAUGCAGCCCAAUAUGGCUUCAAAGUGGUGUGUGAAGUAAUUAUUGAACACCUCCGAGAAUGGGAGAUGUUCGAUGUUAGCGAGGGGAUCGACGGCCCUAUCUGGCAAGACGAGGAUGGCUGGGCACCCCUUCACCUGAGCGUGGUGGGUGGUCAUCCGAAGACUACCCGGUAUUUGCUCGAUGCCGAGAACUGGAAAGGAUCCCACAGAAAAGAAGAUCAGGUCCGCAAACAGGCUCCCAAAUCCAGCGCCGUUCUUGCAUUAGCUACAAAGGCCAAUUUCGUGGACAUUGUCCAGCUUUUGGUAGAUGCUGGUGUUGAUAUUAACUACCAGGAUGAACAAGGCGAAACUGCGCUCCAUGUUGCCGCUCGCUUUGGCCACGACGAGUGUGCCCGGAUCAUUCUCGAGGGCUCUGAUGUCCAAAAGGCGAAUACGGAUCUUCCAGAGAACAUGUAUUCGUGGACACCUUUGUUUAUUGCGUGUGUUGAUGGUCACCUGAACGUGGCCCAACAGCUGGUUGCCGCUGGUGCAGAUGUGGAACGCUUUGACUCGUCCGGCUGGACGGCCAAGGAACAUGCAGCUCUUCGAGGUCAUCUAGAUAUCGCGCGGUGUCUUGCUGAAGUGAGCCCUGCGAUUCCGGCCACCGAGCCUGAGCCCUUCUCAGUCCCAACCAACACUUCCUCCGCAUCGUCUUCACCCCCUUCCCAAUCUUCUUUGACUGACCGUCGGUCGAAUGCGCCUGCUCCUACCUCUGCUGCGAAUUCUGGUUUACGCAACACUGAGCCUAUUAAGACUUUUGGACACCGGUAUCUCACCGACGAAACCAUGAUUCUGGUGAGCCUAGGAACAAUGGAUAUGCGCAAGCCUUUGGAGACUGUCAAUCUCGACCGUAUUCCCAUGGAAGACGCACACGCGACACAGCUGGACACAGCUCUGUCUCUGGUCGUCACCGCCAGUGGUGCUCACGGAGAGCCCGAGGUGAUUGACCUGCCCGUUCAGGAUAACAUCUCGACCGAGCCGAUUGUCUUUCACACGACCGAUGCUAGCAAGGUCCGUCUUCUUUUCGAUCUUGUACCCACCUACGCCGGAUCGAAAGAGAAGAUUGUUGGCCGUGGUGUCGCGCUUCUUUCCAGCAUUAAGCCGACAAUUGGCUCUCAGCGGAUCAACCUCAAGGGCGAUUCUACCGUUCCUAUCGUCGCUGCUAAUACGUUGGAUGUGAUUGGGUCCGUGACUUUUAACUUCUUGGUCAUCACACCUUUUAAGCACCCGAAAAUGUCCAUCACAGGGAACCAGACCUAUUGGCGCUCCAUGAGCUCGACAAUGGUCAUCGGCCACCGUGGUCUAGGCAAGAACAUGGCCAGUCGUAAGUCUCUUCAAUUGGGCGAGAACACCAUUCAGUCGUUCAUCGCAGCUGCGAACCUGGGCGCUUCCUACGUCGAGUUUGAUGUACAGCUCACCAAGGAUCAUGUCCCCGUCAUCUACCAUGACUUCUUGGUUAGUGAGACCGGCAUCGACGCCCCGGUGCACACCUUGACGCUCGAUCAAUUCUUGGAGCUCGGCAAGAGUCGGCAUCGGAAUGUCUUGCCAGACAGUGGUCAUGUCAAUCGUGACACAAACCUGGGUCUCCGGCAACGCUCGAUGUCUGUCGGUGGCUCUGAGUAUGACCCAGCCGAGCUGACCGAAAAGAUCAAGCAUACACGCGAUUUCAAGAAGAAGGGGUUCAAAGGCAACACCCGCGGCGAACACAUCCAAGCCCCUUUCGCUACCCUAGAGGAAUUGUUCAAGAAGGUUCCCCAGCCGGUCGGCUUCAAUAUAGAACUGAAGUACCCCAUGCUCCACGAGAGUGAGGAGGAAGAGAUGGACACCUACGCCGUCGAAUUGAACUCCUUCGUUGAUACCAUCCUCACCAAGGUCUACGAUAUGGGCGCCGGUCGAGACAUGCUUUUCUCCAGCUUCAACCCUGACGUUUGUCUGCUGCUCUCCUUCAAGCAGCCGUCCAUCCCGGUCCUUUUCCUUUCCGACUCGGGCGCUUCCCCAGUCGGCGAUAUCCGCGCAAGCAGUCUACAGGAAGCCAUUCGAUUCGCUUCGCGAUGGAACCUCUUAGGCAUCGUGACACAGGCCGAGCCCCUGGUCUUGUGCCCGCGUCUUGUGCGCAUUGUCAAGGAAUCUGGCCUUGUCUGUGUAUCCUACGGUUCCCUCAACAACGAGGGUGUCAAUGUCGAUUACCAAGUCGCCGAAGGCAUUGACGCUGUCAUUGUUGACUCCGUCCUUGGAAUCACCAAUGGCCUUAUUCAGCGCCAGAACAAGAGCGAGCGCACCCCGGGUCCUUCACCCAACCCAGCCCCCGUGGGUGACAAGGGCGCCAUUCGCAUUCCGAUCUUGGAUCAGGCGAAGCACAAUGUGGCUGAUCAUGACGUGAAUCCUGCGACCGUUCUCUGA